UCUACGAAAAAAUAUGUACGAAACCGAAGAACAAUAUCAAAUAUUUGAUUCCUUUUGAAUGAAAGCAUCAAACUAAUGUCCCCAAAUUCCAAAACCCUAACACCCAACUCAAAAACCCUUUUAAUUUAGAUCCCAAAUCUCUUCCCUCUUCUCAUCUCCCCAUUUAUUGAAUUUGGUGUUUUUAGAAGAAGAAGAAGAAGAACAAUUAUGGAGAAAGCAUCAAAGAAGCUUAUAAAUCUUUUCUAUUGCGAUGAGUCGGAGGAGCUCGCACGAAAGAUCGCUGAAGAAUCCGACGCCAUUAGACUCCAGUCGAUAUCUUGGAGAAGCUUUGCAGAUGGAUUUCCUAAUCUUUUCAUCAACAAUGCUCAUGACAUAAGAGGACAGCAUGUUGCCUUUCUAGCCUCUUUCAGCUCUCCUGCAGUCAUAUUUGAGCAGAUAUCAGUAAUAUUUGCAUUGCCAAAGCUCUUCAUAGCAUCCUUCACAUUGGUAUUGCCAUUUUUCCCAACUGGUUCUUUUGAGCGAAUGGAAGAAGAAGGGGAUGUUGCUACUGCAUUUACUAUGGCAAGGAUAUUGUCGAUGGUGCCCAAAUCUAGGGGUGGUCCAACUAGUUUAGUCAUCUAUGAUAUUCAUGCUUUGCAGGAAAGAUUUUACUUUGGGGAUGAUGUCCUGCCUUGCUUUGAGACUGGGAUUCCUUUGUUGUUGCAGCGUCUUCGUCAACUUCCUGAUGCCAACAAUAUAACUAUAGCAUUCCCGGAUGAUGGGGCUUGGAAGAGGUUUCACAAGCAGCUGCAACAUUUUCCCAUGGUGGUAUGUGCUAAGGUGCGAGAAGGUGAUAAGAGAAUAGUGCGGCUGAAAGAAGGGAAUCCUGAAGGUCAGCAUGUUGUUAUCGUUGAUGAUUUGGUGCAGUCUGGAGGCACUCUCAUCGAGUGUCAGAAAGUUUUGGCUGCUCACGGUGCUUCCAAAGUGAGCGCCUAUGUGACCCAUGGCGUGUUUCCCAAAAAUUCUUGGGAGCGAUUCACGAAUACAAAUAAUGGCUCAGAGUGCCCAUUUGCAAACUUUUGGAUCACAGAUUCAUGUCCUCUGACUGUGAAGGCCAUUGCCAAUAAAGCUCCUUUUGAGGUGUUGAGCCUUGCUGGCUCUAUUGCAGAUGCCCUUCAAAUCUAGGAUAUCACUUGACUAUCUUUACUUGUCAUUAGGAGAGUUUAGAGGGAAAUGUAAUGUAAGGACGGAAAAAAAAAAGGAAAAACCACUUGUUGAUGAAUAUAAAAAUUUUCGUGGUCUUUUGCAGUUGCUCUUGUGGAAUUUGAACAAUGAUGUAGUUAUCAGCAAUGCUGAAUUUAUUCGCUUGUGAUGUAUAAGAUUGUCACCGCUCAGGGUAUGCAAGGGCAAAUAAGAAGUUAUCUUGUGUCGUGUUAUUUU